AUGGCUGCCAACAUCAAGACCGUUCCUACCGCCGAGUACGAUGCCGUGAUUCAAACUGCCAACAAGUACACCGAGGGCUUGCGCUCUGGUAGUUCCGAUGCCGUUGCUUCAGCAUUCCACAAAGACGCCAUCAUGUACGGCUUCAUCAAUCCUCCUAAGCCUGAUAUGCUAGCCGGACCCAUUGGCAACCUCUACACCUUUGUUCGCGAUAAUGGCAGUGCCCCCCAAAUCAAGACCCGCAACGACGUUCUCGCUAUCACUCAAACCACUGCUGUCGUUCGCAUCGACAUGGAGGGUGACGCCUCAGGCGCCGACUACACCGACUUCCUCACUCUCAUUAAGAUCGAUGGAGAAUGGCAGGUUAUUGCCAAGGUAUUCCACAAGUACGCUUCAAGAUAG